UGCCCAACCCAAACUCAAGUUGCCUAUUUCUUUGGCGCGGUGGUGUGCUGUUGAGGAUCUUCCUCAAAAUUGAGGCAAACUUCUGGAGCAGUAUUUAUCCACACCGACUUCAAAGUCAAGAAAAUAAAACAAUAAUAAUAAUGGCUCACUUUAAUAAAGGACCUGCAUAUGGUUUAUCAGCUGAAGUUAGGAGUAAGAUUGCUCAGAAGUAUGACCUACAGAAGGAGGAGGAGCUACGCUACUGGAUUGAGGAGGUCACCGGGAUGCCGAUUGGAGAGAACUUCCAGUUGGGGCUGAAGGACGGUGUCAUCCUUUGCGAGCUGAUCAACAAACUCCAGCCUGGCUCUAUAAAGAAAAUUAACAACUCCAAACUCAACUGGCAUAAGCUGGAGAACCUGGGCAACUUCAUCAAAGCCAUUCUUGCAUAUGGCCUGAAGCCAAAUGACAUAUUUGAAGCGAAUGACCUGUUUGAGAACGGGAACAUGACGCAGGUCCAGACAACACUGCUUGCCCUGGCUGGCAUGGCAAAGACCAAAGGCAUGGGCAGCAAGGUUGCUAUUGGGGUGAAGUAUGCAGACAAGCAGGAACGCAUGUUUGAUGAUGAGAAGCUAAAGGCUGGAAACUGCGUCAUUGGCUUACAGAUGGGGACAAAUAAAUGUGCCAGUCAGGCUGGCAUGACUGCUUAUGGCACCCGAAGGCAUCUUUAUGACCCAAAGACUCAAACGGAGAAGCCAUAUGACCAGACUACCAUUAGCCUGCAGAUGGGCACCAAUAAGGGAGCAAGUCAGGCUGGCAUGGGCGCCCCUGGCACCCGGCGAGACAUCUACGACCAGAAGGUGUCUCUGCAGCCAGUGGACAACUCCACCAUCUCACUGCAGAUGGGCACCAAUAAAACAGCCUCCCAGAAGGGUAUGAGUGCCUACGGCCUGGGCAGGCAGAUCUAUGACCCCAAGUACUGCUCAGCUGGGGAGCCUGGAGCCCACACCAACGGCAGCCAGGGCACAGGCACCACCGGCUCCGAGGUCAGCGACACUGACUACCAGGGUGACUACCAAGCGGAAUACCACCACGAGUACCAGCCGCAAUAUGACGAGUACCGUGGCCACUAUGACCAGGGUAUUGAUUAUUAAGCAGCUGAAUAAGUGUUCAGAUCAAGACCCCCCCCCCCCCCCCUUCCAAUUUUGGUUCUUAUUUCAACAGAGCAAGAUUUCUUUCCUUGCUGGCCUUAAAAACUGAUGCAGAGGGAGCAAAAGUUGCCUUAAUACUCCAUUCCUAUGUAGCUUGUCAGUAUUUUUAUUUUAUUUUAUUUUUUUCUUAAUUACUGAAUUAUGUUUGGAACAUUGUUUUUAAAGCCUGUUUUAACUUUGGUGUUGGUGGAAUGCCAAGUGCGCAACCCCUCCCUCGGAGUCGUCUUUAUCCUCCUGUAGCUUGUCUGAUUUACGGGACGUUCGUCUCAUUGCUCUUGGACUCUCUGCUCAAGGACAGUGGGAGGGACUUGAGUACCACUUCCUGAAAGUUUGUGUAGUUUCCCCAUGCCUGGCCAGGAAGCUGUUCAAUCACUAGCUGUCGGUUUUAAACACAUGGCCUCUUUUAGAUUCCUUGGUUUAGAUUCCUUUUAGUUAACUUGAUCUAAUAGUGAUUGUUACUUGUACCAUCUUUCAAGUUUUAGGCAGUCUAUCCCUUUUCUCUUGUAUUCUUUUUGUAUUUAUUGCUGCUGUCACUCGAUAUGGUCCUGUCAAAUUAUUUUUAAUGAAUAAAUUUUUACAUAUGACCUACA